AAUCCCUCUCUCUCUCUCUCUCUCUCUCUCUCUCUCAAGUGUUAACUUUUCACUAUUCCAUUCAAAACCUUCGUGGAAUGUCUUAGAAUCCGGAUAAAGCUUACUCAUUUUAUCUAAAUCUUCAUUCUCUUUACACUUUAAUUCAGAGCUUACUUUUCAGAUUAGAUUUGUCACACUUUCCUGUUUAUGAAUUUGUAGGUACCCUCAAGAAGAAAGAUGAAACCAGAAAUCAUUGAUUGGAGCAACAUAGAAUCGAUAUUCGUCGAAGAUGAAACUUACGAGAACUUCAAAGCGCCCAAAUGGGUCGACCUUUCUGCCCAAGAUGAGCUCAUUGAUGAUGAAGCCUGGUUCUGCAAUCCUGAUUGCAAGCAUCCAAAGUCCGCUGAAGAUUUCCACAAAUCAGCACGUAGUCUAAAGGGAAAGCUUCUGAGGUCUUUAUCAGUUUCUGAAAUCUUACCUUCUAGGGGAAAGAGUCAAAGGGAUGUGAAGCUAAAAGGGGUAGAAACCAAACCACCUUCAGCUGCAAAGCUACGUAAUAUGAAGACCAAUAGUUCAAAUUAUGUGUGCAGUGUCAAUGACGAAAGUGAGAACAAGAAUCCUAAUAUGGCUGCCCCACUUCCAAUUGCGCCUUGCAAGUCCAAAUCAAGAAAGGCAUCAAUGACUCCAUGUAGUGAGAAGAAGAAACAAGGGGAUGAGUCGUCUCAAGAUUCAUCAAAAGAUUCAAAACACUACGGUGUGAAACCGAAGCUGAAGAGUACAUUCUCAGCCAGUAAUUCGCUCAAGGGACGGGAAAUUUUGAAUCAAAUCACCGAAUUCUUUACCGACAUGAAGAAUUUGACCAAUAGGUGUUCAAGAAAAAAGACAUUAGAGAAUAAUUGCUUGAAGGAGAAAGUAUGGGAGAGAAUGCCUCUAAUUGUUAGAGAAGGUGACUAUUAA